UCCCCGUUAGCGACUCACACUACGCCACGUGCUUCUCUGCUGUAACUUUUGAACCGCCCCUCGCCACGCCAUCAGCCACCAUGAAGACCGCCUUCGUCCUCGCCGCCGUCGUUGCCGUCGCCUCCGCCCGUAUGGCCUACCAGCUGACCGCAGGCUUCGAGGACAUCGUGGGGCAGGUGGCGCAGACCUUCUCCUGCGACGGACGCCCCUACGGAUACUACGCCGACAUCGACAACGACUGCAGGAUCUUCCACGUCUGCGUCCCCGUCGCCGAUGAGCUGGGACAGGCCACCGGCACAGACCACUUCUCGUUCAUCUGCGGCAACCAGACCGUGUUCAACCAGGAAUCCCUCACUUGCACCGACCCCAUUGAUGCAGUCCCUUGCAAUGAGGCUGCAACACUCUACGACAUCGUCAAUGCUGAGUUCGGAAGGAUACCCGAGCAGGAAUUCCAGAACUAAGGAUAUAUAUGAUUUUUUUUUUUUCUGAUUAUGGGAGAAAGACGAUUUUAUCUUGUGGGCCAAAAAAAAGAGUGUUUAUUUUGGAUGUUCCUGAUUUAAAAGAUUUUUAAAAAUAAAGUUGGGUUGUUGACACUGUCAAAAAAAAAAAAAAA